UUCAUCUGUUUUCUUCCCUCUUUGCGAUGAAGGAUUGGAACGCCUAUGACAAAUGAGUAAAAUUCUCCAGUCUCAGCUGGGAAUCUGAAAAGAUGCAGCGAAGGCUGAGUUCUAAGAAUUCAAAGCAGCCUCUGCAAGUUCACCAUAGUAAUCAAACUGAUCUCUCUGCAUGGCGAAAAGGAGGGAGAAUUGACCCUGAAAAAAGUCUCCAGAAUCAUCAAUCUCCUAGCAGUCGGGUGAAUGAAAACAAGCAAGACUCCCUUGAGCAAGCUGUGAGCUACUUUGAGAAAGUUCAAAAUAAAAUUUCACUGAAAAAGAGUGAAGCUCUGCAGAAACAUUUGGCUACGGUGGAAAGCCUCGCCCUGCAAAGAGGGUUACCCCCUGAAGUAUUUGAUGUAUUGCUGAAUGUGACACUCAGUGGCAAACUUGCUGAUGCAGUAAAUACUCGGUUACUGAAGAGCCUAAUUCCAACCUCAGUAAUACCAGAAACUUCUGUGGUUUCAUCUGUAUCUUGGCUCUGUGUCAGCAAAUGCUCAGGCAGCAUCCAGCUGCUUUUCGUAAGAUGGCUGAUCACAAUGUUUGACUUCAUUGAUCACAAGGAACAACUUCAUGCCCUCUAUGGUUUCUUCUUUUCCUUCCUACAAGAUGAGAAGAUGUGCCCCUAUGUCUGUCACCUGCUCUAUCUGCUGACCAGGAGAGAAAGUGUCAAGCCUUUUCGUAUUAGGAGACUCCUAGACCUCCAAGCAAAAAUGGGAAUGCAGCCUCAUCUGCAGGCCCUGCUAUCGCUUUACAAGCUGUUCUGUCCUGAACUGGUGUCCAUAACCCUUCCUGGGAAGAUGAAGACUUAUUUCAAGAAUUCAGAGGGCCCAUGGAAAGCAGCAAUCAACGCUAUAAGGCGAAGAAACCAGGAAAAUCCUCCAGUCUCUCAGCCACUGUUUCUAGGCACAGCUCAACAUCAGUCCCGGAAGAGAAAAUGGAAUGCGCAGUUGAUUAUACCUGCAAGCAGUACUAACACAAAUAAUUUAGCAGGGGGCAAGGAAAAGAACCGUGUCGAUUUAUACAGUACCAGUGAAUCUUUUCCAGUGGAGCAGCUGCAGACCUUUUCCCAGCUCCUACAAAAUAUCCACCAUCUAGAGUUUCCUUCUCAGAUGGGUUCAGUGCUAACAAACCCCUUGUUGCUUCACUACAUGAACUGCAUCAAAGAUGAAUCUAUUUACCUAAGGCUCUACUAUUGGAUGGGCCAGGCUCUUCAGGAAGAAUGCACUUGGUGUGUGGUCGAUAGUAACCAAUAUGAAGCAGAAUUCAAGGACUUCCUGGAAACCAUCUACAAGACAGAGUGUUUCUUGCAGGAGGGAUUUUCUUCCUGUGAAGAGUUCCUGUAUAAGAGCCUUCCUCUCUGGGAUGGCUUCUGCUGCCGAUCACAAAUCCUCAGACUCGUGACUUGGAUCCCCCUCAGCAGCUUCUCUGAAAUAAAGUCACACCUCUAUGAUCCCCUGGCACAGCUCUUUUUCACAUCAUCCCUUUAUUUUAAGUGCAGUGUUCUUGAGAGCCUGAAAGAGCUGCUGCAAAACUGGUUAAAUUGGCAUGUGAUUCAGCUAGAUUCAGAGUCUGCCUCUCAAGGCUAUUCUUUGAAUACCACUCUUUCUGGACUAGUGAAUACGGUGGCUGAACUGAUCCACUUUGUUGGAUGGAUCUCUACUGUUGCACUGCGUUUGGAAAGCAAUGCUACUUUCUUGCUGUACUUCAUUCUGGAUUAAGCUGGAGGACGAAACGGCGUGUGUGACAUUUAUCUGAGGUACAAUCUGCCUUUGCUGAUAAUGCCUCCUGCUGGAGUUUUCUACCCAGCACUGCUCAGCAUGGAUUCUGUCAGCUUGAAUCAGCUCUGCUACAUUAUGUACAGGUAUCGAACCAACUUGGUAGCUGCAAAAGAAAAUGAGCUGAUUAAAAAGAAAAUACUACAAUUCAAGUUCAGUAGUCAGACCUACCAAGAGUACAACCAGUAUAUAAUAGCCAUGGUGGGGUGCCUGUGGACAUCCAGUGCGUUCCAGAAGGAUAUUCAUCCUCAGGGUGUUCGUCUGGAUGAUGAAGUGCUGAAGAAAACCAGAGUACAGGAAUUCAGAACCAGCUUUAACAUUGUCUAUCACCCAGCCAUGAUGGGCUAUGCUCUCCUCUUCCUGCAGCAGGCCUGGCCAGAUGAUAACACCUUAAACUUCAGUUUAAUUAAGGGAAGGAAGUGGAACUGGUAUCUGGAAUAUCUCUAUGCACAAGGUUUAAAAGGCCUGAAACUCUUUAUCGAAAGCAGCAUCAAUCGUGUUUCUCAGGCCUCUCAAAGCAAAGCAGGGAAUGUGCAGGUGUGACCCUGGGACUCACUGGAGCCUUUUGAGCAUCUGAAACAGGAAAGCAGAAUAUAAUGGAUUGUGUCAUUAAUUCUUUCCUCCUUGGAGGAAAGAAAUAGAGCAAUUACACUUGUUUGCAUUUUGAUACUGACGUCUAUUUUAGGAAAGUGAAGAUGUAGAAGGAAUGAUUCGGCUGCCUUGGUUCACUAACACUGAACCCCUCUGUCCCUGCUGAAAUUCUUUGGUUUGAAGCUGCUGAGCUCGUAUGCUGUGUAAUGUCCGCAUUUUCAUUGUUGUUUUUCUUAUAAUGGAAUAGCUGCUUUGAUUGAGGAACAAACAUUUUCCAUCUCCAAACUGCAACGAGCAGUGCUGCUUCAUUUAGAAGUAAUGUCUGCUACCUGGCCUGCUUUACUUCUCUCAACAGUAGGUAAUGAGGAACAAUUUAAUCAGUCUUUCAGGGAUACUGUGUUAGGUAAUGGAUCAGAGGACUUACAAGCUUCCUGAAUCCCCUGUUGUACCAUGUAUAUGCUGAGUCUGAGCAUCUAUAACAGGCUGGCCAGACUAACCCUCUUAAAUACUUGUUUCAGUAUGAAGCUUCCAAAACAUACUUUUGGCUAAUAUUGCUUGUGGUGAUGUUGUAAUGGAUCUGGAAAAGUUGCUGCUCAGUGGAUGGUUUAUUGAUGCUUUGAGCGCCUGAACAGUGUUGCCAGCAGGUCACCAUUUUCUUUUGAUAAGUUCAAAUGUAGUUUUCCUUUUUGUGUUUUUAGCUCUGUACAUGUUGUGUAUUAUAUGUGUACAUAUAUAUAAUUUAUAUUCUGUAAAAUGUUUGCAACUUGCCACUUUCAAGGGAUUCUACUACAAAAUGUAUCUUCUCCUGUGAUUUCCUUUUAGCACUUAGUAGAAGUCAGGAGAAGCUGAACUCA